GUGCUUUACAAGAGAACGAGACAAGAUGACUUGCCAGGCACUCAUCCGUUCUUCAGGCCGCAGAAUUAGCGCCCGAGCCCCUAAAAUGGCCUGCACUCAUUUUGGCGGGCGCCUGGACUAAGCGGGCUUUAGGUAAGCUGCCGCUGGGCUAGGCUUCGUCAAAUACCUGUAACCUCCAAUCCACGAUCCGAACGCUGAGUGCAAGUAUACCAUCAAACCUACUAUUCGUCACGAGUUCCCGCUCAACAUGUCCGUCACCGAUUGGAACACAGGGGACAAGUCAGCCAUGCUCUCAAUUGGCACUCACAAACUAUUCCUCUCAGCCUCUGGACCAGAUCGCAAAUCAGGAGAACCCGUCAUUCUCUUGAUGCAAGGCCUGGGUAGUACGAUUAACGAAUGGGUAGCCGUCCGACGUCUCGUCCUUCCACUUGCACGAUGGGUGAAUUAUGACCGCUCUGGCCUGGGACGCAGCGAAGCUCCACCUCAACAACCAGAUUCCAUCAGUGCAGCAUCCGUCGCAUCCGAGUUGGAUACCCUUUUGAAGAAUGCUGGCAUCGAACCUCCGUUCAUCGUGGUCUGUCACUCCUGGGGAGGGAUGACGGCAAGAGAAUUUCUCCAUCUUCGUCAAAAGGAUGUUGUAGGCAUAGUCUUCGUCGAUGCCAAUACAGAGAAGUCAUACGACGCAGGGAAUUGGCCAUUGCCAUUUGUGAUUGCUGUCACUGACGGCGUAGAUUGGUUGGAGUCGACUGGACUCGAAGCUGAUCACGUUCUGUCCGAUAAAGAAUGGGCUCAAGUGAAGGAAGCAGAAAACGAUCCUCAACUGCAGAAGACUGUAGUUGCCGAGCAAAGGGGAUUCAGAAGUGAUUCUGCUCCACUUGCAUCAAAGCACCAGAUUGAGAGGCAGGUACUGGGAAGUCAUCCAGUCAGUGUCAUUACAUGCAACAGUGCAAGAGAUAUGCAGCGGAUGUAUGAAUCUGGGGUAGCUGCUGGAAAGGGGACGGAAGCAGAACGUGAACAGUUUCGAAAUAUGCUUGUCGAUCAUAAUCAACGGCAAACUGACUGGCAGCAAGAUUUGCUGAGAUUGUCUUGCAACAGCCGUUUCAUUCGAGUUGAUAAUUCUGGACACAAUGUACAACUCGUUCAACCAGCAGUGGUGGCCAGAGAGAUCCGAUGGGUGUGGGACAGUGUUCAAGUCUUGCCUCAAUAAUUUCAACACCUUGUUGUUCAGCCUCAUUUCAAGAGUGGGAUAUGAAAGUCUUCCUUCUCAGGCAUCUCUGCCAUCUCAAGCCAA